AUGCCAUCAGAGACAACACAGUCUGCUUUGCUUUCCCCCUCGCAGCCCCGCUUCUACAAAUGCAACUGUUCGUUGUGUCACAAAACGGGGUUUUUCCAUCUUCGUCUGCCAAAUGCCGCCAACCAAUUUUUUAUCCUUUCGCCGCUCGAUACAGAUGUUCUUGUUAAGUACCAAUGCAAUGAACGGCUAGUAAACUGGCUCUUUUGCCCCGGGUGUGGUGUUCGAUGCAUGGGUGCCGCAGCACGCUGGAAGAAAGACUAUAUUGACCUGUCAGCUCUCGGGUCGGUGUCAUCGAGUUCAUUUGGAACGGGUACAGCAGCUGCUGGUCAAACUAUGGGUAACAGGCUCCCUGUCUGGCGAAUAGAGCCGGACGGUUAUAAAGAAAACGAGACUGGAUAUUUGACUGUGAAUGCACUUACAAUCGACCAAGACCAGCCACAUGGGCUGAAUCUCGAUUUACGCAAACUUGUCGAUCUGAAGGGGUUAGAGUAUUUGGAUUGCAAGAAUCGGCAAUCGGAUCCCAGAUAUGAGUAUCCGCAGGACGGAGGUACUUGGUAA